AUGGCUACAAGCGAGAUAGUGAACAAUGCGCCGAUGUAUUCACUUGAUUCUUCGUUAAGGGAUUUACUUAACGAUGACUUAUUCAAUGAUCAAGACGAAUUGGUAAAGUCGAGAGAGAUUGAGAGAAGUGAAUUAUUUCAAGAUUGCUUAAAUCUUUUCAUAAAAAGAGAAAUCAAGGACUGCCUAGAAAAAAUGUUUAGAGCUGGAUUCGUCAAUCUUACUGUUUUUAAAUCUAGCCCAAUGAUAUUGGAUUUGUUUGUAAGUGCCUGUGAUAUUGCGCCCAACUUCAUUGAGUUGGGGUUGACACUGAAAGGUGAGAUUUUGAAUACAUUCACAUUAAAUGAUCCUCGAUGUAUUGAAAUACAACAGAUUAUUCUCAAGGAUUUCAAUAAACUUCUGGUCAUCAAUAAAUUCUUUCGAUGCUGCAUAAAAGUUAUUCAGCUCAACGAUAGUAGACAGGAGGAGCGAGAAGGAAAGAUUUUGGAGCUUGAAUCCAUAAUCAGCAAUUUCAUAUUCCUAUACACGACUAAAAUGAGAACGACUAUAGAUGCGUUUGGCUUGCAAGAGUUGAUUGAGAUAUUUAUUUUUCAGGUGAAAGUGAAGCUAGAGCAUAAAAAACUCUCUACGCAUUUGUAUCGGGCGCUUUGUAAGUCUUCACCCAAUUUAUCCUUGAUUUUAAAGAGUCUUCACUCACCCAAAGGCAUUUCCAUAGAGGAUGCUAUUCUGGAUUCAAUAGCUAAUAAAAUGCAGAAAGAUAAGGCAAAGUUGAAAGGCAAACCGAGGAGCGUGAAACCAAAAAUACACCAAUUUCGAGAGCCCUUGUUACACAAUUCCAGUGAAGACUAUUCCAAGACUGAGGCUACGUUCAAUCAACGCAACUCCACUGAUGUUAGACACCUCAAUAAUGAAACGAUGUCUCAUAAAACAAAAAAUGACAUUAGUCUUCUAGCUGGUUCAUUUUGGCCUACUCUAAAAUACCAUCUAACUAAAAAAUUACUGAACAAGAAUGGCCUUUUGUUCUUAGGUCUACUGUUAUUAAUAUGUGUCAAAAAAUAUAGAUCACUGAUGGCAUUUUUCAGACACGUUCCAAGUGCUUUCCGCACCGUAUAUCCUCAUGUUGUUGGGUUAUUAAAACUUCUAGCAAGCAUAUGA